UCGCAGUAGCACAGAGAAACAAACAUGGCAGGACAAAGCUCUAUUUUCGUUAUACUUUUCUUUCUUUUCACUUCCGGUGUCUGUCGAGUGCAUCUAUCAAAAAUCAGCAGUCAUGAUGAAGGUUUAGAAAGCAACAGUCGUACUAUCGCCUUGGCGUACAGAUGCACAACAAAACUUGGCGGUGAUGGAGAGGAGGUUUCCUGUGCGAAUUGCAAUGGCUGUUCAGCAAAAGAGAGCUUAUUUGUUGGUACCGGUAAACUGGAAUGGGAUCAGUACGAAAACCGGAUUCGUCAGAAGUGGUUGGAGGUGGUGCGACGUGCACUUUGCUGGGUGUACGAACUUGGCGUCCAAGUUGACACAUCCAACGUGCAGACAACAUGCCGAAUGUCUUCAACGAGAAAUGAUACCAUGCUGGAUCUUGACACGAUAACCGGUCGUGACAACGAUGACGAGGAUGCUACUCCAUUGGAAGCAUGGUCCUUCCUGGACGAUGAUGUCUACACAUGGUGGCAUGAUAGUCUAAGUGCAGAGCGUGAGGUGAUGAUACUAUUCGGUACUACCUCGGCCAUUCGUUUGUAUAUGCUGGUGAAGAAACGCUUAAAUGAUUACGCCGAAUAUUGAAUGCAAAAUUGUAUUUACGUUAUUGUUUUUGUUCCAACUGUAUAUGAGAAGUUAUUAUUUUUUUACAUCCAUUAGUUCAUGUGACUGAUUUUAUUUAGCCAUUGUGAUAAAAUUGGAGGUCUGAAAGAAUUUCUUUUUUGGGGAAGAGUGCUUUGUGAAUAUUUUAAUGUUUUUUUUAUAAGCUUUAUAGUUAUGUCUUCAAGCCUGGCUAAUCUUAAUAUAAAUUUAAUAUUUUUCAUGACUACAUGCCUUUCACAUUAAUUCAAAACUUGGAGUGUUGUAAAUAUUUGUCUGGUAACUGUUAAAUUUCUACUUGGUUUGUGUUUGUGAUGUGAUUGUGGUUGUUUUUAGAGAGGAACUCCUCCCUAUCAUCCUACUCUUACUCUUCUGUUUUGUUGUUACCUGCAGUACAACUUUUGUGCAUCCUGUCAAUUUCCACAUUUGCGUUGCCCAUUAUACGCCUUAAGGUUGCAUAUUCAAAGCGGGAUGUACAUACCACUUGUAGAAUACAUAGUUUACAUGAAAUUUUAACAUGUGCUGCGUGACAGCCUCUACCCUUUAACACAUUGUUUUUGCGCUUUUGUCAGUAACGCACUAACUCAUUGAUCCCAUUCAUAUAAAGCUUAUUUGUCAUGCUCGUGUUGCAUAAUUAAAGGGCGGCAGUCGUCGUGCCACGUCCUGUUCGAUAUUAGACUCAUAGCGAAGUAUACAAUAUUGUAAAAUACAAUGUUUAUUUAUAUGAAAUUCGAACACGCGCUGCGCGACGACCACCACGCUUUAAAUUACUUAUUUUAACACACUUUACAUCAAACAUCUUUGGUAACAAAUGUCUGCCAAUUCAUUUUGUUUCAAAUUUUAAAAAUAUUGAAAAGUUUCAAUAAAACAUAGAAUUACCAUUACCGGUACUAUUCAAUCCUCAGUGUGGUGGGCUAACACUUAUAAUUGAAAUAUGUGUUGCAAGUAUACAUUAUGAAGGUGAUUUACGCAAAUCUCAAUGACAGGUUGACCAAAAGCAGCUCUGUACGCUGCAUGACUACAUUGUAGUUGUGAUGGAGAAGAUUUCACCAUCAUCAGGAUGUAUGAUUUUGUUCAUUACUUUGGCACGGGCAUCUAUCCUGUAUUUGCUUUAUUAAAAGUGUAUCUCCAA